AUGGCUUGUUGCGCACCCUCCACCAACGCGAUCGCCAAAAUCAACAUCCCUCAAAACAUCCAGGCUAAACUAAAACCUGGCGACCAGUGCUACUUCUCCGGCAGAUUGAUUGGACUCAACAACACGGGCAGUACUCCCGUGAUACAAUGCAACCCUGAAGAUUUCACUAGAAUUCCUGCUGCCAACCGAGAAUUUCCUGCGUCCACUGACUCCAACAGGAUAUACGUGGACGGCUUGGGUAUAGUCAUAAAGCGAGAAGAACUCAAGACCGAGCCCGUCAUGAAGAACCCCCCAAUCAUGUGCACGGUUAAACACAAUGACUGGGAUGAAGCAAAGCAGCAGGAUAUCGAGUUCAAAGUACGCUACAUUAUCCCCCCCACGACGUUAUUGAAAAGUCACGCGUUGAUCCAGAAGGGAUCUGAAGUGAGCAUCUCCGGUUAUCUCAUCAACAAUCCCGGCAGCCGUGAACAGUGGUUGGUCCAGACGACCGCCGUGAGCGUCUUAAAAAACCCACCUAGAUGUCGCAAAAAGGAAGCCAAGGUCCCUAAGAAAUCGAUUGAACCGGAAAAAAAAUCAAGCGCAGCAAUCAUUGCGGCACGAAAUCAGAUUUCUGAACCUGAAUGCCAUUGUAAUAAAGGAGAAGGGAGCAGCUCUGGAUCGACACCCAACCGACGAAUCAUUCCUUCGUCUGAUCUAAUCCAGGGAUUCUCUACUCUAGACAUCAAGGGGAAGGGCAAAGAGAAGUGCUAA